AUGCCUGCAGCUGCUGCAGAUACGGGUCGGGCAGUUAAGAGGAAGAGAAGCACAUCAGAAAAAAGGUCAUCGAAGCGUCCACGAUCAGAGAGCAGCGAAGAAGAUGGACAGGCGCAAAUCCUCUUACUCGAGAACGAGAUCUUCGAGUCGAAGAAGAAUUACAACAACAUCGCCAAGUUAAUUAAAAUAUUCACCGCAGACAAUGAAGACGCUGAUGAUUCGGUGCUCGCCGCAAUUUCGUUAUGCCGAGUUUUUACAAGGCUGACUACUGCUGGUGCGUUGGUCUCCAAACCUGGGGCCAGUGAGAAAGAAACAGUUGUGGUCAACUGGUUACGGGACCGAUAUGCAGAAUACAAAACAGGAUUGCUCGACAUACUCGGAGAAGAGGGAAUUAGUGCUACAGCACUUACUUUGUGCAUGAGACUAUUAAAGACCGAAGGGGAAAGUGUUGUGGGCAACAAUGACUAUUACCGCUUUCCAACAGCAUUUCUAACAGGCAUCACCAAGGCCCUUCUGAAUCCAGACUGCGAUUUCAAUGUUCGGAAAGAAUUCAGUGAGAAAUAUGUAGAGGAAUAUGAUGACGUUCGAUUCUAUACGCUAGAAGCCAUUCAAACAGUCUUAGAAGACUCUGCGACUCAAUCAUCCGGCCAAUUAUUCGACAAUGUCUUGGAAAUACUCACAAGCAUCGAGUCCGUUCCAGAAUCGAAAGAUGAGCUCGAAGACUUCUAUGUGCCAGCUCCGAAGAAAACGGGCCAUGCCCUCUACUCCCUCAUGAAACAUAAGAAGCGUGCACAGGGAGCGUGGCUUGGUCUAAUGAAAAUGAACAUGGAUAAGGAUCAGAGGAAGAAAAUUUUAGGGCUAGUGUCGAGUACAAUCGCACCUUGGUUCAUGCAGCCGGAGCUUCUAAUGGACUUUUUGACGGACUGUUAUGAUGCAGGAGGAUCAUCGUCGUUGCUGGCUCUCUCAGGAGUAUUCUACUUGAUGCAAGAGAAGAACUUGGAUUACCCUGCGUUCUACCGGAAGUUGUACUCGUUACUGGAUUCCGACAUAUUGCACUCCAAACACCGAUCGAGGUUCCUCAGACUCCUAGAUACCUUUCUAGCGUCAACUCAUUUACCCGUUGUUCUUGUUGCUAGCUUCAUUAAGCGGCUUUCCAGACUGGCACUCAGUGCGCCUCCAGCUGGUAUUGUGGUGGUUAUCCCAUGGGUAUACAACCUUUUGAAGAAACAUCCGACAUGUACAUUCAUGAUCCACAGAGAGACGAGGACAGCUGAGGAGAGGGAGCUUCUGGAAAAUGCAGGGAUGUCUGAUCCAUUUCUCAUGGAAGAACAAGAUCCUAUGGAAACCAAUGCUAUCAAGAGCAGCCUGUGGGAAAUAGUCACGCUACAGUCCCAUUAUCAUCCAAACGUUGCAACAAUUGCGAAGAUAAUAUCCGAGCAGUUCACGAAACAUCGGUAUAACCUGGAAGAUUUCCUGGAUCACUCCUAUGGAAGUAUGCUUGAAGCAGAAUUAGCCAAAGAUAUCAAAAAGGUGCCAGUUAUAGAAUAUGAGAUACCCAAGAAGAUAUUCAUGAAGCAGGAUGUGGCCUCUGGCGUCGAGGAUAGCUUGCUGGUGAAGCUUUGGGAUUUCAGCUAG